AAGUCGCUUAAAACGUAUUCCGAGGGCUGCGGCCAGUUUUCGGGUCAAUAAAUAUUUUAAUUUACGUAUUGUAAUUCUUAGUGAAGCAUUUGCCGGUGAUAAUGAAAUGUUUAACCGAUAAAGCAGAUUGGCAGAUCAUCAUCAUACCGGUACUCUGUGAAUAUUUCAUUUUACGGUAUAAACGUCCACAUUGGCACCCAUUCAUCCAAUGCGACAUAAAUGAUCUGGACCACGAUCGCCUCUUUAUAUUGAGAGUAAAAAAUGCAUUUAAUUUACAUACCUCGACAACCUUCAGUUGCAGCUACACGUAUAUGCCAAACAUUUACCAAAGAAAGAAUUUACUAAGAUCUAAACUGCAUUCCGAAAUUUAACACGAAACGCUUGUCCGUAUGUGUAACGUGGAAUUUGACGCCACCCCGUGGAAUUAAGGUGAAUUUUCGUCGAAGACGUCACAGACUGGAAGAUCAUGGCGGCGUCCUCCAGGCUAAUUGCAAGACUGGCUGUCGUCUCGGGAGGAGGCAGUGGCAUCGGCCGGGCCGUCUGCCAGCGCUUUGCCUCUGAAGGAGCGUCAGUGGUGGUAGCGGACGUCAGUGAGGAAUCGGCCAAUCGGACUCUCGGUAGCCUGUCACAUGAUCAUCGGGGUCAGGAACACAUGGCAGUAGCUGUUGACGUGUCAUCACGAGACAGUGUGGAGAAGCUGCUAACCAGAAUACAGUGCCAAUACUACCAGCCCCCCUCCAUCUGUGUGUCUGCGGCAGGAAUCACUCAGGAUGAGUUCCUUUUGAAAAUGGAGGAGAAUGACUUUGACAGGGUUAUCCAGGUCAACCUCAAGGGUACUUUUCUCCUGACUCAGGCCGUUUCUAAGGCCCUUGUUGCCAGUGGCAUCUCCAAGGGCUCCAUCAUCACUGUAGGAAGCAUUGUGGGCAAAGUGGGGAACAUUGGCCAGACUAACUACUGUGCCUCCAAAGCCGGAGUGGAGGGGUUAACGAGGACUGCGGCGAAGGAGCUGAGCGGGUUCGGCAUCCGCUGCAACUGUGUGCUGCCAGGUUUCAUAACCACACCGAUGACCGACAAGGUGCCAGAGAAGGUCAUCAGCAAGAUCACCUCCCUGGUGCCCAUGGGGAGGAUGGGAGAACCAGCAGAGGUAGCAGAUGUGUGCACCUUUCUGGCUUCGGACGAGAGCCGCUACAUCACUGGAGUCAGCAUUGAAGUCACGGGAGGCCUUUUCAUUGGCUGAAAUUUGACCUCGUCUCUUUGGCCAGACCAAUGGAAGACAAGGUUACAGCCUUGGUGCCUUUUUGUCUCUUUAAUAACAAUAUUUGCAAUGUGAACCUUAAUUUGCAAGUCAACUUGAAGAGAUCUGUAUAAAUAGCUGUGUAUCUAUAAUGAAUUAAAAUGCAGUCAUAUAUGUUAUGUUUUCA